AUGGCUUUGAAUCUCGAGAGGCAGCUACUUUUUUAUGGUGCCUAUCACAGUAACCCAGUGAACGUCGCAAUCCACAUCACAUGCGUUCCGGUGUUGUUAUUUACGGGCAUUGUCCUGGCCUCGAACACCCCAGCUCUAAUCAACGUACCUGAAGCCCUGCAGUAUGAGUAUCUCCCGGCCAAUCUCGGAACGAUCGGCGGCUUCAUAUACGCGAUCUUCUACAUCCUCCUCGAACCCGUCGCGGGCGGUCUCAUUGCGCCCGUCAUCAUCGGCGGCUCUGCGUUCGCGAACUACCUCUUGAGCACCUACGGCACAACGGUCAACUACUGGGCUGGUUGGAUUCAAGUGGCAUCAUGGGUGUUGCAGUUUGUCGGUCACGGUGCUUUUGAGAAACGGGCUCCUGCGCUACUGGAUAAUCUAGUGCAGGCAUUUUUGCUGGCUCCGUUGUUCGUUUGGAUGGAGAUUCUAUUUUCCUUGGGAUACCGUCCGGAGUUGAGGGCUAGGUACCAUCAGAGCGUGGAGAAGGAGAUUGCUGCGUUUAAGAAGAGCCAGAAUGACAAGGCGAAAUAA